UCCAUGCGGGGUGUGAGGAAGCAUUUAGGCUUCGCUGCAACCUUGCGCCGGUUCUUCCAUUAAUGCAAAAAAUCCAAGGCUGGAAGCGUGUAGACGCACUUCUGCACGAGACCAUCUUCCGCGGCUUGGCUCAGUCGAAGCGAGGAGAUUGGACAUUAAAUCUCAGCGGGACGAUGUCCAAAACUAUUGACAGGAUGCGUCUGAUAUCGGAUCAGAUUGCAGCUGAUCCAACUGUACAUUACCGACCGAGGAGGGGUUUACUGUGGGAUCAUAAUCAUACUUUUGAACUUGAAACUACCGCAUCAUAUUUUCCUCCAACCCCACCAGUAUUUGAACUUCCUCAUGAAUACUUACCCCCGCACCCCAACCAAAAUCCGAACGCGCUACCAAGUUAUUCUAAUAAUGAUUUGUUCAAUCUACCUAACAGUUAUAGGCAGUGAUAUAAUGCUCCUGUCGCAAGGUGCCUGCAGGAUCUGUAAUUUCGUGCGGUUGAAUGCGAUCCUCCAACAUGGGACGUUGUGCACUCUACUGAACAAUAUUCCCCCAUUGAUUACGGAAUCUUCGAGUCAAGACUAUACAUGGGCCUUCUUUUGCAGAUUUGUCCCCCUCGGUGCUUUGUUUGACUCGCCUUGUCGAGGACCUCUACCGAUGAUUCAACUAAGCAGUGAUCGUGCUCACCUCGUUGAAAAGCUUGAAGCGGACUUCGUCGAGAACCCUAGUAAUAUCAAUGCUAUGUCAUGGCUUCACGGACCUUCCGGCACAGGAAAAUCUGUCAUUGCAUACACUCUUGCUAGUCGUUGCAGACAGAAGAAUAGAUUAGCAGGUAGCUUUUUUUUCUCUCGCAGGCACGCGAACUGCAGAAGCGCGCGUUCUCUUGUAUUCGCGCUUGCGUAUCAACUCGGGCUGUCUCAGCCGCAGGCGAAGGAGAAAAUAAUUGAAGCCCUAGACAACGAUCCUGGUAUAAUUUCUCCUUCUCGAGAUUUGCGCGAGCAAUUUGCUCGGCUUCUCAUUGAACCUCUAGAGGCAGUCGAUUGGCGCCCUUCUUCGAGGGUGUUCGUAUUCGUCAUUGAUGCUAUAGAUCAAUGUCAAGACCAAAUGCCCGAACUCAUCUCACUCCUCACUCGACUUCUCUCCCAUAUGAUUGAUGUGGGCCUUCGCAUCUUCUUCACAAGCCGUGACCAUGUAGGAGUCUUGAUCAAGCGCCACCUCCCUCCAAUGAGUUCGGACAUUGCUCUGGACCGUACUGUCAUUACUGGGGACGUUAGAUUAUUCUUUCGCCAAUCUUUCGAUAAGAUACACAAACGUCAUCGUCUUCAAUGUCGCAAGCCGUGGCCACCGGAAGAGGUGCUUGGCCGUCUAGCGGAUAGAGUGGGACCCUACUUCAUUACAGGAUCCAUCAUCGUAAAAUUCGUUGAAAGCCUUGACCACGACCCCACAGAUAGGAUGGAUCUCAUUGAUCAUAUUCCUCUCGACCCCUCAUCGCCUUCAGAGACAUCGAUAGAUGACUUCUACAAAUACAUCAUAUCCACAGCCGACGACGUGGAACAAGCAUACCUUCAUCUUACGAUUGUUGUGAAUCUUGCUGGCAUGCUGUCGUUUUCGCAACUAGAUGACCUUCUUAACCGAGGGUCCAACCAGAAGUUUGACAUGCAUUCCGCUCUGUCUCAAUUGUCACCUCUGGUUCACAUUCCGGAUGGUCACGAUAGUGCUGUGCAAGUCUGUCACGAAUCCCUUUGCGAUUUCCUGUCCAAUCCUCUGCGCUGCGGAAAGCAGUUCACUUCCAAAGCCCUGGUUCAUCGUCUGCUGGCUUACUCCUCCUUGAGUGUCAUGAUAGAGGAGUUACCGAAUAACAGUGAUCUCUGCUCGCGUUUAUCUCGAUUAGCGACGGAAAGUGGCUCCGUGUCGCUCUGUGCCUUUGACAAUGCGGAAGUUCUGUCAUUUGCGAUGUAUUCACCGCCAGAGCCUCUGCCAUUUUUGUCUAUGCUUUGGCAUAUCAUGCAACACCAGUAUAUGGGACUUCAGGUUGAUUCUCGCACAAAAUUAGCUCUGCUAUAUUUCUGCCGUACCUGGCAGAUUUUGCAGCACAUCGACUUAUCCGCGGUUGGCACCCUGCCCGCUUUCCGCUUCCUAGCGAACAUUCAAUCCCUACCUGUACUCCUGGCCUUUCCAAUAUUUCUGGCAUUUGAAUCUCCCAGAAGUGGCCAAACUCUGGGCCCGUCGACCUUGGAGUACGACCCUCGCAUGGAAACCUUGGAUGCAGUGGUCAAAAUCGUGACCGAUGUGUAUGCUCUCAAGGAUCAACGCAAAACGGGCUCGAGUGCACUCGACUAUGCUUGUUCUCACUGGGCGUAUCACCUUUCUUUGGCGGAGUGGGAUGAUGACCUCCGCUCCGUCGUGACUGUCUUCAUGAGACGGAAGCUCCAGCAGUGGCUUGUGAAAGCAUGGUGCCUCCAGGAUUUGGAGACCUGCCUUCGGACGUUGUGCGAGGUUCAGGAGCUUUGUUUAGCAGCUAACCCGCCUAUUCACUUUGAUCCUGAUGCGCAACGUACUGAUGCGAAUACGAAGGCUGAGCAUGAGGCUGAAAAAGCUGAGGUGGCUAGGCAGAGUAUAAAAGGGACGACAGAGGAUGUUCAGAUACUUUUUAACAUCGGCGCUGGUUCAAGUUCUUGGCGAUCUAGCGCACCCCGCUCCGCAGUUGAUCGCCUGAGCUUGGAUGCCGGUCCGUCUCCCAAAGUACUUGGUAGCAUUCUAGGAAGACCCCAGGCAUCCAUCGACAUUCCAGACAUUGCCAGUCCAGGGUCUGGAAUCUUUCCCUUUGCUCAGAGUUAUGAAUACGACACCAGACAUCUCUCACUAUUUCCUAUCGCGGAAUCAUCCAGCUCCAUACAGCCAUCGGAGCAACUAUCACCUUUAGACAUAUUAUAUCCGCGGACUUCAUCUCCCCUCUUUACUUGCCUGUGGCUAGCUGACUACACAUGCUGCGGACGUCUCGCGACACUGGAGGACCUCAAGAAGCAUGUUAAAACUGUCCAUCUUCCUGUACUACAGCAAGAUGUGCUCAUUAAAUGUCGCUGGGAAGGUUGUAAUAAUCACAACUCUAUGCAGUGCCACUCCAUAUGGCGCCAUAUCCAGGAAACCCAUUUGGGGCGUCGGAGGGUCUCGAGAAUCGGAGAGGCUCAGACUAGGAACGACGAACGAGAACGAAGACUUGGGAUUGGGUCAAAAGACUACAUGGUCAGACGUUAGCUUGAGCCUGUGGUUAAGCCAGUCAUUUUUACACUCAAUAUAUAUAUAAAUUGUACCCUGUAUUGUUUUGAACGAAAACAGAGAACUGAGUUAGG